CACUACUGGUAACCAAGCAUAGAUAUACUGAAGCAAAGCAAGAACACAGAAAACAAAAUGUUUUCUUUGUUUUGCAUCUUUCUUUGCCUUGUCAUAAGGGUAGGCGUCAAAGCAGACUCUGAUCUGUCAGGCUGCCCUUCUACAGAAAACACCUGGAGAUACCGUGCAAGGAGCGGAGAGAAGUUUGUAUUAUUCUGUGAUAUUCCUAAACUAGGUCUCUGCAAUAGGAGGGAUCAUUCAAGCAAAAAGAUGUGUAGUAGAACUGCAUGUGAAGGGUUCCAGUGGUACAAACAACCUCAAAAUGGAUCACAACCAUAUGCUAUUCAGAAUGACCACCCUCAUAUCACAUGGGAAAACAAUUUACUUCAGUUUUCACCAAUUGGUAUCAAUGACGCUGGGUCUUAUAUUUGUGCAAUCAAGUAUAAACCGAAGCUUGUAGAGGAGUCCAGAAAAUCAAAGGGGAUUACUUGUUUUCUUAAUAUAACUGUAGAAGUUCAGCCAAAGGAAAAGACACCCUGUAUGGACUCCGUAAAAAAUGAGCUAUACCUUGUUAUUGGUAGCACUGAUUCAAUUCCUUGUCCUGGGGUGAAUUGUGAGGGAGAUUUACAAAGGCAAGACAUGACAUGGUACAAGAAUGGAAUGCUAUGUCCUAAUUGGAAAAACACUAACAUAAUCUUUGAUGACAUUUACCAUUACAAUCGUGGUUUGUAUGUAUGUGAUUAUAACCAGUCUAUUAACUCAACUUGGUGGAUAGUCAGAGCAGUUGUUGAAGUGAAAACCAUUGUGCAAAAUACUUCAUUCACACCUAUCAUUUCUGAUCCACCACAUGACAAGUUCACGUUGGAAGUGGAACUUGGAAUGCCAUUGACUCUUGAAUGCAAAGCACAUUUUGGCCAGGAAAGAAAUUUCAACCCUGUAAUAAAAUGGUAUGUUGAAGAUGCUGAGCUUAACAGGGAAGAACUAAGACAAGAAAAUAUAAGUAUCAUCAAUCAAGUGGAGAAGAAAACUAUAUAUUAUACUGCCUUCUUGAAGCAAGUAACUAAAAAGGAUCUACUAAGGAAUUUUAUAUGUUUUGCUCAGAAUUCUGUGGGGAAUAGUACACGGACCAUCAAGCUAAAACAGAAAAGAGGAGUGCUUUUCACAUACAUACUAUUUGGCACCACCAUAACACUUGUGUCAAUCCUCAUGGCAACUGCCUUCAUCUACCGUUACUGGGUUGAAAUAGUCCUUCUGUACCGAACUUACCAAGCCAAGGAUGAAACUCUAGGGGAUAGAAAAGAAUUUGAUGCCUUUGUGUCUUAUGCUAAACAAGACUCCUUUGACAGCCUGGACCCUUCAUCUCUGAAUGAGGAAAGCUUUGCAUUGGAUUUACUCCCUAAAGUGUUGGAAAAAAAAUAUGGAUACACUUUGUGUUUGUUUGAAAGGGAUGUGAUCCCAGGAGGAGCUUACACAGACGAUAUCGUGAAAAUUAUCAAGCAGAGUCGGAGAGUCAUUUGUAUCCUGAGCCCCAGCUAUGUGAGCAGCCCCACUGUCUUUGAAUUGCAAGCUGCAGUCAAUCUUGCCUUGGAAGACCAAACAUUGAAACUCAUUUUAAUUAAAUUUUCUCCCUUCAAAGAGCCAGAUUCUUUACCUCACCGAGUGAAGAAAGCCCUUACUGUACUUCCCACCAUCACUUGGAGAAGUUCAAAAUCAGCUCCUUCAGAUUCCCGAUUCUGGAACUGCGUUCGCUACCAUAUGCCUGUGAAAAACCAUCGGGGAUUAGGAGAGAAAGGGUUCAAGAUUUUUCCAAGAAUUUUCUCAUUAAAACAAAAAGAAGAAAGUUAUUCACUAUGAGAGAAACCACUGGGAGGCGCUACUGGCUCAAGGAAUGGUAAAGUUAGAAGAGCUGCCUCCUGCCUUCCCAAGGGACUGCAGGGAAUACACUGGAAGGUUUCCUCUAAGUCAGUGCCAGUGUGGGCACAGCA